UCAGCAUGGUGAAGGAAUGGAUGCUCCCCUUGCCCUGUGGGUAUUGAUCAAUGACAAGUCCAUAUACCUUUUAUUACAAAAUCCUAUAUACAGGUUUAUGGACAUUUUGAGUGGGCUUCAUUGGGGGCGGACUGACCAUUUGGAAACUCGGGCACUGCCCAAGGGCCCGGGGUCAGUAGGGGGCCCCAUGAGAUACCCCUGGUACAUUUUUCAUAGGCUUUUUUGAGUUUGGGCAAGGACACAGGGGCCUCAUGAUCCCCUAUUGCCUGGGGGGCCCCAUGA